CCCCUAGCACGAGCCUGCACGACGAACGGACAGAACAACAACAAGCGAUGGCGGAGCGCACGCUGUACGACGUGCUUGGGGUUGAGCGGACAGCGGAUGCAGGGACACUGAAGAAGCAGUUCCACGCACUGUCGCGGAAGCAUCACCCAGACAAGCGGCAGGCCAACGGCCGUGUGGACAAGGGUGGCCGGGAUCACGAGGAUUCCGGUCGGGAUGACGGUGGCAGCGGUCGUCAUGGUGACAAUGAAGGCGUGGACGAUGAUGACGAUGCGUUCAUCGAAGUGAUGAAGGCAUGGACGAUUCUGUCCAAACCAGAUGCCAGAUCCCGCUACGACGCAGCUCUCGCCCAGGAAGAGACGAAACAAGACCUGCCCUUUCAUGACGAAGUGGCGCUGGAAGACAUGACGCUCGAUGAAGAUGACGAGGUUCACUAUGCGGAGUGCCGGUGUGGCGGAGAGUAUGUGUUGGAGCAAGAUCAGAUCACAACAAGUGUGCGGGGCACCACAUGGAUCAUCCCUUGCUCCACAUGCACGCUUGCACUGAAGGUGGUCCGUGAGCACUGCGCGACGCCGCCUCCAGUACAACAACAACAACAACAGCAGCAGCAGCAGCAGCAGCAGCAGCAGCAGCCGUAA